AAUGAUGAAACAAAACUCUUAUAUUACACUUCAUUAUCAAAUGCAUUGAAAAUAUUCGCAAACUCUGUUUAUGGUAAGACUGGUUACAGAUAUUCACCUUUAUAUCAUGAAGAAGUUGCAUCAUCAGUCACAGCAUUUUGCCGAGCAACAUUAAAGAUGAUGAUUAAUUUUGUAAAAGAACAAGGAUUCAUAGUAGUUUAUGGAGAUACAGAUUCAAUAUUUUAUUCAUUGCCAGAAUCAUAUUUCACAGAACUCGAUACUAAGUACUCUGAUGGAGUAUUAUCAAAAAAAGAAUACUGGGAGGAACAGAUCAAAUUAACAAUAUUACACUCAAAGAUAUUAGAAUCAAGGAUUAAUGAACACUUGAAACAGAUUAUGAAAUCUACAUACUUGAAGAUGGCCUACGAAAAAACUAUGUACCCCUUUUUAAUUUUCGGAAAAAAACAUUAUGUUGCAAUCACUCAUUCAGAUGUGCCAAAUUUAUACAAUUUAAAUUUAUUAUUGAAAGGUCUCAAAACUAUCAAAUGUAAUGUUCCAGAAUUUUACAAACUAGUAGCAAAAGAAUUAAUAUAUUCUUCACUUGGAUUCAAUAAAGAUUUCUCGAUUAGACAAGAAGAAAUAGACCAAAAAGAAUUA